AUGACGUACCGAAACCUCACUCUUUCCCGCAUCCCGAACGCCCCGUCCAACUCAUCGACUGCAAAGGACGACCCCCAAAUAUACCUGAUUACUCUCCAAAAGGCUCCCGAGAAUCGCAUUGCGACCGCCUUUGCGCAGGAGAUUAUCUGCGCUUUGCGAGAUGUGGAGCGCAUGGUUGACGCUGCCGGGAAGGACGAGCGAGGAGCUGGGGUAGGCGCGGCGGUGAUUAUACGGGGGGAGGGGGAGAAGUUUUGGAGUACGGGCUUGGAUCUGGAUGAAGCAGAGAGGAACCCUUUCUCAAAUACAGACGGCUACUUUCCGCUCCUACAUACGCUUCUCGACUACCCAUAUCCAACAAUAGCCCUGCUGAACGGGCAUACAUUUGGCGGAGCGUGUCCACUAGCCCUUGCGCACGACUAUCGAAUCAUGAACUCCCGCCGUGGAUUUUUCUCCAUGCCGCCCGUUAACAUCGGCGUUCACUUUCCUGGAAUCGGAUCCCUAGCACAUCUGAAACUCCGUCCAGAAAUUGCGCGAAGGAUGUUGCUAGAAGCACAUAAAUGGACAGGGAAAGAGGCGCUGGCGGACGGAAUUGUAGAUCAAAUAGCCGAACCAGGGGAUAUGCUGGAUGCCGCCAUUGAAACCGCACGAAAGUGGGCACCCAAGGCGAAGAUGGGAGUGUAUGCCGUGUUGCGACAGGAACUAUGGGGCGAAGCUGCUCGGAUCUUCCAAAGCAUCAGCUACGUCCAUCACCGCAGGACUGUUUUGCCUCCCAAGGUGAAAAUCUGA